AUGGAUGGACUUCCACCUGGUUUCCAUUUCUUCCCUUCCGACAAAGAGCUCGUUGGACAUUUCCUCUACCGAAAGGCGGCUCGACUACCUUGCCAACCUCCCAUUAUCCCUACACUUGACUUAAAGCUCUACAAACCAUGGGAGCUUCAUGGUAAAGCUUUGCAAGCUGGAAAUUAUUGGUAUUUCUUCACCCGGAGAACUACUGAAAGAGCUUCAAAUCAUGGAUAUUGGAUUGAUUUCAAUAACGAUGAACCAGUGAGCAUUGGCAAUGACAUGGUUGGAUUGAAGAAGACCUUUGUGUUCUAUCAAACUACUGAGGAGAUUAACACCAAUUGGGUGAUGCAUGAGUACCAUUUAUUGAAUGGCAUUGUUAGACAUAACAGCAAUAGUAGUAGCUCAUCAAAGAAAAGAAAAGAUCCAAAAAUAGAAUGCAACAAGUGGGCUCUUUGUAGAGUUUCAGAGGUGAAUCAAGACUCGCAAACGGGCUUACUCAAUGACGAAGAAGCUGAACUUUCUUGCUUGGAUGAAGUGUUCUUGUCUUUGGAUGAUCUUGAUGAAAUAAGUGCGAUGAAAUAG